AUGGCUCAACCACCUCCCCCCGAGCCAAAACGAUCCCAAUCGAGUACAUCCUUAUCACGAUUAUAUCAUGGUACAGGGAGUACAACAGAUAAUAAUGAAGAAGAAUUGAAUGAUCCAAAGAUGGAUUACUGUAAUAGUUUCUGGGGACAGGGGGAUAGGGGGUAUGAGGUGAUUAUGGCUAGAUUGAGAGGGGCGGGGAGGACGGUGGAGGAGCUGAGGGGGUUCUGGAAGGAGAGAGCAUCAAUCGAAGAAGACUAUGCGAAACGACUGCACAAACUAUCCAAAAACACCCUAGGCAAAGACGAAAUAGGUGAUCUGGCAGAUUCACUGCAACACCUACUCACCGAAACUGCCUCUCAAGGGGCCUAUCACGCUUCGUUGGGUCUCGAAAUUCGACAGACGGUCGAACAGCCCACGGCGGAGUUGUUAUCACGAUUGAGUAACCUGAAAAAAGGAUUACAAGCUAGUAUUGAGAAGGCUCAUAAGACCAAAGGGUUGCAGGAACAGCAUGUACAGAAGGCCCGCGAGAGGUACGAGCAGGAUUGCCUCAAGCUCAACUCCUACACCGCCCAGUCCUCUCUUACCCAAGGCAAAGAACUUGAGAAACUUCAGACCAAAUUAGACAGAGUCAGACAGACAAUCGGUGCGAACGAACAAGAUUUCAGACAAUUUGUCAGAAUCUUGGAGCAGACCCAGGCAAGAUGGGAGAGCGAAUGGAAAGGCUUCUGUGAUCAUGUCCAAGAUAUAGAGGAAGAUCGGUUAGCCGUCACGAAAGAUCUCGUUUGGGUCUAUGCCAAUGCAGUGUCUCAAGUCUGUGUAGAGGAUGACAGUUCAUGCGAGCGUAUUCGAGAGAAGCUCGAACAGUUCGAACCUCAGAAUGACAUGCUCAACUUCGUAAAAGGAUGGGGAACAGGCGAUAUGAUUCCUGACCCACCUCGAUUCAUCAACUAUAAUGCAGGCGAAUCUUACCCUACCCAACCAACCUUCCACGUUUCUCAAUUCCAGCGUAUAUCAGCUAGGCCACCGAUGCAACCCUCCAUGGCUUCACAACAGGCUUCCGCCCAACCUGAACCUGAGCCUGAGCAGCCUCGAGAGCCGGAACCAGAGAUCCCUCAAGCUAACGGUCACGACAACAAAGACAUUAAUGGUGUUACGGAUAGUCUUCAACGUACGACUCUCAAUGACGAACCACCCUCAUCUGCUCGAUCUACACCCGCACCUGACACCCAAAAGAAAUCACCAUUUGGCGGAAUCGCCCUUCCCGGUCUAGCAAGCGCUGCUUCUCCACCACCUCAAGAGGAAACAUCCAAAUUUUCCUCUAUGCCUCCGCCGCCUAACCCACCGACCAUGUCCAUGCCUGAGCCACGCAUCCCAUCCAGACAGAGCAACCACAGUCCUGCGCCUCGUAACGUCAACAACGAAGAGGAUCCGAUGGCCAAAGCUCUGGCUGACCUGAGACGGGAGCCUCCACCUCCAGGCAGUGUUAGAAGAAACACCUCUCAUCGUCGGCCAGAGUCCGUCGUUUCUGCUUCAGGAUCAACGAGAGGGAGCCAAUAUGGACAUGGGAUCAAAUCGCCUAACUCACCUGGGCCUAAUAGGAUGUCGUACCAACAACAUAUGCCUCCUGCUCAAUCUCGUGGAUCAGUCGAUAUGACCCUGUCGCCGCCUCAACCUGGUCAUACCGCAGCAGCGCUAGCCAAAUCAAUGGAAGAGUUCCGUCAACAAUCCUCACGAGGCCCUGAUCCGAAAAGACAAUCAGUCAACUAUUCGAACUUUGCUGAUGAUAUCGUCGGAGCUCAUCCUACUUCUCGACCUUCAUCUCCUUCUGUCGCCCCUAGAGCCCCAUCACCUGCGAUGAUGCAACCGCCUACCCAGCCUGCUACUCAUAUCGCCGAUGAAGUCUUGUCGCAAUACCACCAAGCUUUCCCCGGAGAAAGGCAGGAAAGAUCGAGAUCUAGAGCAGGCUCAGUGAUCUCUUCGCAUUCCCGAGCUGGAUCUUUCGUCGAGCAACAACAACAGCAACCUCCACCUGUCUCACCUGGUAGAGAAGCAUUUGCGGGCAUUGGUGCAGGCGGUGGUAGAAGUCCAAGUCCCCAGCCACCCACUUUCCGAUCUCCCUCACCUAGUCCGAUGAUGUCUCAGGGAUCGCUUGGUCCUCAGAAUUUGGGUAUCAGCUUGGAUGCGAAAGGUGGUGUAGCGCAAGAUACAAUGGCAGAAGCGUACAGGCGACAAUUUGAGCAGCAACAACAACAGCAACAGCAACAAGGUCCACCGCCGCAGCAGAUGUCGAGCUAUCCCGGUCAACGAACGAGUCGGUACGGUGCGCCUCCGCAACAGCAACAAGAGGCAUAUGGGCAACAAGGAGGAUACAACGCACAAGGACAAGAUCAGAGAGGUUCGAUGUACGGUGCACCAAAAUCACCUGUUGCUACCGGUCAACCUCCUGUAGCUGGUAAUCGACCUACAUCGGGAUACGGCCAGAAUCAAUCAUUGCAAUACGGUGUUCCUUCACCAUCUGGACCAGGGUUUAGUCAAUCACAGCAGCCCCCUCAACCAGCCUAUAACGCUUAUCCAUCUCAACAGCAACAACCACAGCAGCAACAUCCAGGCCAAGCAUAUAGUCAACAACAGCCACAGCAACCCCCUCAACCGGCUUACAACCAACAUCCCUCACCUACACCUCAAUCACAAUAUCCCGUGGCUAAUGGGUAUCAAUCCCAAUCGUAUGGUGCACAGGGAUACCAGUCUUCCCCAUCUGUUAACCAAUAUGCAAGAUCAGCAAGUCCCGCUCCUGCCCAGCAACAGCAGCAAUAUGGAUACAACAGAGGACCAUCACCUCAACCUCAAUAUGGGGGUAGAGCUGGACAAAGUCCUAGUCCUCAGCCCAAUCAACCACCAAGUAAUGCCGCGCCGACCGGUCAAUGGAGUACGACUGGAUUACCCGUGUUGUUCUAUGUCAAAGCGCUUUAUGAUUACGCUGCUCAGUCAUCUGCAGAAUUCGAUUUCCAAGCUGGCGAUAUCAUCGCUGUGACUUCCACUCCGGAGGAUGGAUGGUGGUCUGGUGAAUUGCUGGACGAAGCUAGGAGGAUACCUGGUAGAACUGAUUUCCCAAGUAAUUUGUGA